AUGACGGGGGUGACAGAAGAGGAGAGAGAGCACCGCAUCCAGGAGAUACAAGACUACAGACUCACCCAUGGCAUGCUGUUGAAAGGAUUCGAAUCCGGCUCGCACAAUCCAAGUCGGCUGAAUCAGCUAUGGCAUCGCAUCUCCAAGAAACCCAGUACACUCUGUGCCUGCCAAGUAUCAGAGACAAAUCUUCCAUGGACCACAAGGCCUCUGGCCGUGAGCAUACUGCCUACUCCAUUUCCCAAGCACCUCUUCAAACAAGCACAAGAACUCCAGCCUCUGUUCAAUGAGCUGUAUCUGCGAGUGGCGAGCGACCAUGAUUGGCUCCGUGGAGUCCUCUCGCCUUUGAUCGAGCAUGACCCACUAGUAGCCAGCUUGUGGAAGAUCUACGAGCAGGUGCGAAAUGCAGGCUCAAAGCAACAUGUCGUUUGCGGCAUCUUCAGAUCCGAUUACAUGAUUGACUCCCACGACUCCACGCUCAAGCAAGUAGAAAUGAACGUCUUCUCCGCUUCUGGUUUCUCACAUGCUCAAAAUGUCGCCAACAUGCAUCAGCACAUACAGCAAACAUGCGGUAGCUCAGCAGACCUGCCAAAGAACAAGAAUGUCGACGGUAUAGCGGACAUGCUAGCUGAAGCUAACAGGAUCUACUGCCAUCAGCUUGUAUCUACCCGAAAUGAAGAAGCUCUUCCAAGCACCGAAGCAUCACCAGUUCCACAGCCGAAGAUAUGCAUCCUCUUGAUCGUCCAACCCACAAACUUCAACAUUGCAGACGAAAGACCAAUCGAGCACGCUCUCUGGUCUCGGAACAUCCCCUGCUACCGCUGCGAGUGGCAAGAUAUUUCAACGCGUACCCAACUUCUCAGCGACCAAAACAGAACCCUCCUCUUCCAUCCUCCCAACAAGCAGGAACCCCUCCAAGUCAGCGUAGUCUACUACCGCGCCGGCUACCAACCUCACGAAUACCUCCACAUCCCUUCCGGUAUGGACUCCCGCCUCCGCAUCGAACUUUCCCGUGCCAUCAAAUGCCCCGACAUCGCGACGCAUUUGACGACAUGUAAGACUGUGCAGCAGGCUUUGACGAAAGAGGGGGUCGUGGAAAAGUUCUUGUCGAGAUCAUCGUCGCUCGAUGCUACUUCCGCCUCAACGAAGGAGAUCCCUGCACUCAAGAAUACCUUUGUGGAAAUGCUCUCAAUCGACUCACCUCCGUCGAGGAAUGACUGGGUAGGCGUCAUCUCCGGUCCCACGAGAGUUGCAAACUAUGUUCUCAAAGCGAACGGUGAUGGCGGAGGGCAUAAUGUUUAUGGUGAAGCUAUACCGGCUUAUCUGAAAACUUUGAAAGAAGAAGAAUGGAAGAAAUUCAUCUUAAUGAGAAGAAUUGAACCGCCCAAUGAAACGCAAGGGUCGCUGUUACUGGCUGGUGACAGAGCCUUCAAAGGAGAGGUGGUUAGUGAAUUGGGAGUGGCUG